AAUUACAUAACAUUUUCGACAAAAUCCAAGAUGCGAAGACAAGAAGGCCGGCGUUUCCUCGUGUUGUGCGUUUUGGGGAAUGGUAAUGAUAUUUGCUUUCAUAGCCGAUGCCUCCGAGAACAGUAACCACAAGAUAGAGUAAAUUUCUACCUCCAACUAAGUACCAAAAUCCAAUCCUAGUACUGACAAUUAGGGAAGGACUAUUUCUUUCGAAUAAAUCAACGAACCCCUGAAUCACAGAGAACAAAAAAAAAAUGGAGCUUAAACCUGGCUUAUCAGCUCUGGUCACUGGUGGUGCUUCCGGGAUUGGUAAAGCCUUGAGCUUAGCUUUGGCAGGGAAAGGAAUAUUCGUGACAGUUGUGGAUUUCUCCGAAGAGAGAGGAAAGGAAGUUGCAUCUCUGGUUGAGAAAGAGAAUUCCAAAUUCCACAGAAACUUAGGGUUUCCAUCUGCUAUUUUUGUGAAAUGCGACGUUACUAACACUAGAGAUAUAACUCUUGCAUUUGAGAAGCAUUUGGCUACGUAUGGAGGAUUGGAUAUUUGUAUUAACAGCGCCGGCAUCAGUAAUCCAGUACCAUUCCGGAAGGAUGAAACUGAUGGCACUAAGACAUGGAGACAUACAAUUAAUGUCAACCUCAUUGCCGUUGUUGAUUGUACACGCCUUGCGAUUAAAACUAUGCAAGCUUUGCAAAAGCCAGGGGUGAUAAUCAAUCUGGGAUCCUCUGCAGGUCUUUAUCCCAUGUACAUGGACCCUAUCUACUCUGGCUCAAAAGGUGGUGUUGUCAUGUUUACUAGAUCACUAGCUCCUUACAAACGUCAAGGAAUACGUGUCAAUGUUCUUUGCCCUGAGUUUGUUCAAACAGACAUGGGAGAAAAAGUGGGCCACAGAUAUAUUUCUCUAAUGGGAGGCUUUGUGCCAAUGGAAAUGGUGGUGAAAGGUGCUUUGGAGCUUAUCAUGGAUGAGAGCAGAGCUGGUUCUUGCCUAUGGAUUACAAAUCGCAGAAGCAUGGAGUAUUGGCCCACUCCAACAGAAGAAGCAAAAUACUUGUUGCGUUCUUCCGCAAGUUCCAGGAAAAAAAUCUCAUUACGAGCUCCUUUAAGCACCCAACUUCCUCCGAGUUUUGAGAAAGUAGUUGUGCAUACUUUGAGUCACCAUUUUCGUGAUGCUACUCAUAUAGUACGUGUUCCAUUGAAACUACCUAUUGAAUCGGAUCAUGUUCUUCUGAAAAUCAUUUAUGCUGGUGUGAACGCAAGUGAUGUGAACUUUAGCUCAGGUCGUUAUUUUCAAGGCAGCAAUAAAGACCUUAGUACCCUUCUUCCAUUCGAUGCCGGAUUUGAGGCAGUGGGAAUAAUUGCUGCAGUUGGAGAUUCUGUAAGUGAUUUGAAAGUCGGAACUCCUGCUGCAGUCAUGACUUUUGGAGGUUAUGCUGAAUUCAUAAUGGUCCCUUCAAGGCACAUACUUCCCAUUGGUAGACCUGACCCUGAAGUUAUUGCUAUGCUUACUUCAGGAUUAACAGCAUCAAUUGCGUUGGACAAGGCUGGUCAGAUGGAAUCCAGAAAAGUUGUCCUCGUAACAGCUGCUGCUGGAGGGACUGGACAAUUUGCAGUCCAGCUUGCAAAACUGGCAGGAAAUAAAGUUGUUGCCACUUGCGGAGGGAAAGAAAAGGCAAGGCUUUUGAAAGAAUUGGGUGUUGAUCGAGUCAUAGACUAUAAAAUUGAAGAUAUCAAAACUGUUCUCAAGAAGGAGUUUCCUAAAGGGGUCGACAUCGUCUACGAAUCUGUUGGUGGGGACAUGUUUGAUUUAUGCUUGAAUGCUUUGGCUAUCCAUGGACGACUCAUUGUGAUAGGAAUGAUAUCUCAGUAUCAAGGGGAGCAUGGAUGGAAGCCGUCAAAUUAUCCUGGACUUGUUGAGAAGCUUUUGUCUAAAAGCCAAACUGUGGCCGGCUUUUUCCUGGUUCAAUAUAACCAUUUAUGGAAAGAACACCUGGAUAGACUAUUUCAACUUUACUCUUCGGGAAAGCUUAAGGUUGCAAUAGACCCGAAAAGAUUUUUGGGCUUGCGUUCUGUUGCAGAUGCUGUUGAAUAUCUCCAUUCGGGUAAAAGUGCUGGCAAGGUGGUUGUUUGCAUCGAUCCGACUUUUGAACAGCAAAUGGCUAAGUUAUGAUGUGACGAUGUUGAAAAAAACAUCCUUCUGGGUGAAGCCUCUCCCAAUUCUUCAAAUAAGUAUACACGUGAGAAGAGAUUGAGCUGUAUUACACUCUUUGCAUCUCAUACCAAAAUACACACAUUCUGUUGGAAAUGUAGCUGGAUUGUGUUCCAAUAAAAUGAAUGGAGGAUUAUAAUAAGAGGCCUAUAGAAAGGGCAAAAAGUUGGUUUAUC